AACCGUCUUACUUCCGCUUUGGUUGUCUCACAUGCUAGCGGCUUUUCGUAGCAGUUCACAGGGCGAAGAAUGGGGAAAGAUGAAUUUAGGUGUGUUGAGUGUAACGAAAAAUCAACGGAGUUACACAGGGAUUACAGUAACGGGAUCCUGAAGAUAACUAUAUGUGAGUCGUGCCAGAAGCCAGUGGACAAGUACAUUGAAUAUGACCCAGUUAUCAUCUUGAUUGAUGCCAUUUUGUGCAAGACGCAGGCUUUCAGACACAUUUUGUUCAACACAAGCUUGAAUAUCCACUGGAAGUUGUGUGUGUUCUGCCUGCUGUGUGAGGCGUACCUCAGGUGGUCUCUGCUCCAUGGCUCUGAGCAGAGCAGUGACCCCGCUGACAUCAUCAGGUACACCAAGGAAUGGGAGUUCUACGGCAUGUUUGGAUUGGCCGCCCUUGAGCUGUCAGCGUUCUGCGGCGGUGUGCUGUGGUUCCUUUGGGUGGUGGGUCGUCUGCAGGGUGGGACCCUCGAGCUCAGCCUGCUCCUCAGAGCCCUGCUGCUGUCCUGCUACGGCAAGGUCCUCCUCAUCCCUGCUGUCAUCUGGGAGCAUGACUACUCCCCGCUCUGUCUGGGCCUCAUCAAACUGUUUGUGCUCACCUCAAACUCGCAGGCUAUCAGAGUGAUCCUGAACAGCAGUAGACGUCUGUCAUUGAUGGCAGUGUGUUUAGGCCUGCUGUCCGAGACCUGCGUGGCUCAGGCCUGUAAAAAGCUUCCAUGGAGCAACCAGGACAUGUUGACAUUUGAAUGAAUGAGACAAAUGUCAGUUAUCUCAGGGAUGAACAAGUGAUCGUGGAUGCCAACCUGUGCCAGAGAGAGAUCUUUUUUUUAAUGAAACUUCUACAGAACAAAAGGGACAUUUUUUGAAGUGGUGUUUUUCAAGUUCCUUUUUUAUUGUUUUGUUUUUUGUUUGCUGCUCAUGCCAACCAGCCAGAGAGCAGCAGAAGAGGUAUGUUGUUUGUUUUUUUUUUCUGUCUCUUUAUUUUGAAGGGAUAUCGAGGAGGUGGCAGUGGCCCUCCUCUUGUUUUUCAUUUUGGUUUUAAAGUGGACAAUGAGCUCCCAAUUCAAGAUUCCAGUUUUAUUUGAUUUGAUUACUUUAUAAAGAAAGCCCCAGAGAGGCGCUACAUCAUGGGAACGUCCCCUGAUCUAAAUGACGGUCAAACAUGCUCUAACUCCCAGGGCCACUCUCUAAGAAUGACACAAACACAGACCCUGAGGGUGUAAUUUAGACAAUAACUACUUCUCUGUUUGGACAGGACCCAGCCAACACUCUUCACAUUCUUUGGCUCAUUGGUGAAAUACUUACUUUAACCCACACACACACACACACACACACAAAUACAGAAACACACAGGGUAACUAAAUAAAGCAGACAUAAUUGACUUUCCUAUUAUUUACUGCAAAGGUAGUAAUAAUGAGAUAAAAGAGAGGGGCUGCUAAUCUUAAAGUACUGGUUUGACUUUGAUCGAUUAAUCGAUUCAUUGUUUAGUCUAUAAAAUGUAAAAAAAAAACCAAAAUAUGUAAUUUAGAAUGAUAUGAAGAUGAAAAUGUUUUGAAAAUGAAAUGUGUUUGUUUUUGUUUGAUAACUGACUUAAACGAUUAUUUGAUUAUCAAAACUGUUACUGAUUAACUAAUAGAUUAAUCCACUAAUCGUUUCAGCUCUAGACAUUAUUAAAUUUGCAGAUUCUCAUGACAAACCAAAACUGAAACUAAUGAAAUUCUUUAAUGUUCAUCGCAAAUUAAGGCAGGGUCAGCCCUUUAUUUGUUGCAGGUUUUACUGAAUGUUGAGUAAAAUCCACCAAACUGCAGAAAGUAUCUCUACAGACACAAUAAUCAUUAUGAAACUAGCUGCAGCAGAUAAACUUUACAAAACCUCCACUUGCUGAUUCUGGAAUGUGUGCGUGUGUGUGUGUGUGUGUGUGUGUAAACAGAGCAAUGUUCAAUCAGUAAAACAAACCUCCAAAGCAGACCAAGUGUCUGAGGAAUGAAGGGAAUUUAUUCUGUGCACUUACCUACAGUAUAAAGGGACAGCUGAACCUGCCUCGGCCCCCAGGAGUCUUUGCAGGAGUCGUAUCGUUGUUAUGAACAUGUGUCGAGAGGCGAGGCAGAAUUCUUUCUGAACAAAACCACCUGUGGGAGCUCUGCUGACAGAGGACUCACCCUACCAGAUCCAUUGAUAUUCUCUCAAACAAGAUCACAGAUAAUGUGAUUCACAUUCAGUGCUUUUGGGGCUAUAGUUUCAAAACUGCUGCAUGUAGCAUCAAUUUAUCAUCAAAUGAAAAGUCACACCGUGUUAUAUUUACCAUAAACAAAUGAUCUGUUCUAUCUGAUAUCACUACAAUUGUUCCUGUUUUUUGUUUAUUUCUUAACAUUGUGUCUCCUCCAUGUCCCUUCUUUUUGUCUUUACUGAAGAGAUAAAAAGAAGAGAAUCAAGUCUGAACUUUGUGCUGUAAGAAUAGCGCCCUCUCUCUCCAGUUACACUAAAUUAACAAAAAAUACACUGUAAAAUCCAGUUAAGACUGCCAAUCUUUUUGAUGAUGGUGUUAAGAGCAGUUAUGUAUGUAGAUUUCUCAAAAAUAUUUAUAUAUUAAUGUUAAAAUUCUAGGUUUAAAUUAAAUACUCUAAAUGACAGACAAACGACCCGAAGCUGCCAUUUUACUCACGGAGCAAAGGUUUUCUCACUGGGCCUCCUGAAAAUGUGUUAUUGGGUUGUUGCACAGAAGUCCUAUGUUAAAAAUGAAGUUACAUAUCAAAGAAAAUAUCCUAAAUAUUCUGUGAUAUUCAAAGCAGAUCUUAACUUUUAGUGUAUUAUUUGUACUUCUGUACUUUCUACUUUUGUUGUAAAUGUUGAAAAAGAAAUAAUCUUUUAAUAUUUGUGGCUUUCGGUUAUAGACAAGCCCUGAAAUUUGACUGGGACUUAUUCCUCUGUGCUAGAUUAUAUAAAAGGAACUUGUAGAGUGAGUUUGUCAUGAGCUGCAUAGAAACACUCUGUCACACUGUAGAUAAAUGUUGCAAAAUGUGCACUCUGAACUUUCUGUUAUAUAAAAGUAUGACAAGAGAAAAUAAAAUAUUUGUAUUUUAACACA